CGGGAAUGGUAAUGGCGUCUGUCUGAUUUCGAGGAAAUAAGUAAUAGACAGUCUUCAAGAUGCCACGCAAAUCUCGUGCAGCUUCGAAGCCAAAGGAGGCGGAGGAACGUGUCACAAGGACCAGUCUUCGAAGUCGCAGUCGGGGUGGUGCUGCAGCACCUGUGAUGGAGCCACCAAAAGCCAAAGGCAGCAAAUCAUCUCCAUCACCAUCUAGCCCUACAUCUGGUCGCAGUUCGAGGAGGAAGAGUGCAAGCCCUAGCCCGGGGCCAAAGGGCCGAGGGGCCAGGAGCAGAUCAUCAAAGGCUGAGGAACCAGAGAAAGCUUCGCCAGCUAAAGGACCUGCUGCAAAGGGGAAGGCAGUGCAAGAAGAGAAGCCAGAGCCAGCCGCAAGAGGGAGACGUGGACGCAAGGCUGAAGAACCGGAGGAGAUGGUUGAAGACGUUGCAGAGGAAAAUGAAGAGGAAGGCAAAGAGAAGAAGGAGGAGGAGGAAAAACCUUCCUUAGCACGUGCUGCAGCCAAGAGGGGUGGUCGUGCUGCCAAGUCGAAGAAAGCCGUUGAACAAGCUGAAGAAGAAGUGGCAGAGGAAGUUGCACCCGAAGAAGAGAAAAAACCUGCAGAGUCGCCCGCAAAGGGUCGUGGCCGUGGCCGCGUUGCUAGGAAAAGUGAUGAACCUGCUGUAGCGAAAUCACCAGCUACUGGUAGAGCAGCUCGAGGCCGCCGUAGUGGCGCGGCUGAGGCUACGGAGAGUCCUAAGGAAGAAGUGAAAGCAGAGGAAGGUGGAAGAUCGAGUCGAAGACGCAGUGCUGCCGCAGACAAAUCUCCAGAGAAGAAACCUGCACCGUCUCCAAAACGCAGAGGCCGUGGCAUGGCUGAAAAAGCUGUUACUGGAGAGGCAGAAGGAAUGGUGACUGAACUAGUACCACUUGUGGAAAAAUUACCAGAACAGACAAAACCUUCUCCAAAACGUAGAAGCCGUGGAAAGCCUGAGGAGACUAAGAUUGAACAAAAGGACUCUGAGCCAGUUGCUGCAAGGUCAACUAGGAAAGCCAAGUCGGAGUCUAAAGUAGAAGCUGCAGCUGGACUGGCUUUGGAGAAAGAGGCCCCAAAAGAACAAGUCAUUGGUGAUGCUAGCCCUAAAAAGGCAGCUGCCAAGGAACCUGAAUCAGUAGAGAUGAAGAUGACGCCUUCUCCUGAAGUUGCCACGACUGCUGCAAAGCCUGCAUCCUCUCCAACCAAGAAGAGGAAACGAGAAGCAGACAAUGAAGAAAUUGGUAGCCGUCCCAAGAAACGAAAAUCAUCAGCUAAAAAUGAAUCGCCAGUUGUUGUGCCACUGGUUGAAGAAGAAGCUAUGGAGACUGAUGAACCGGAGGGAGCAUCCGUCGUUGAUUCAAGCUCGGCUUUGAAACAGAUAGCGCCUCCUGUCCUUGAUGUUGUGGCUGCAAAGGAAGCUGAAGCUGUCCCAACUCGAGAUGAAGCUCCUUUGCCACAGCGGGUCCAAUCUAAUACUAACAUGACAGAACCACCGACUUCCUCGCACGGAGUGAUCUCCUCCUUCCCUGCCGAAACUGAGCAACUGACACCUGAAGCUGAAGCAGCUGAGGCAGAUUAUGAGUCGUUGCCUACUCCACCUGAUCAAGACAUGACUGGAGAGGAGCCAGAUCAGUCUGAUGAGUGCGCUCCUGCUGUACUGGCUCCCAUGCCAGAGACAAGGGAAGCUGAGCAUAUCCAUGAAGCAAAGGAACCAACUCCUGUGGCCACUGCUGUCCCAGUUGCAGCGCCUGAGCCAGUACAGUCAUCCCUGGAAGUCAAUCGAAAUCAAAUGAAGCCAUCAGCUCCGAGGAAAGAACAUGAGCCUGACCAGUCUUCGGCCGUGCGGCCAGUGCGACAGGCCAUGGAAACUGAUCUCAGUUCCGGUAGUGCAGAAGCUUGCCCUGUUCCCGUACAAGUACCAGAAGUUGUGGAGCCUGUGAUAAUACCAGAGCGCGCCCAAAUGCUAUAUGAUUCAAGUGCUGCACCUUCAAGUUCAAGCUCUGCAGUCAGGGUUGAAAGAGAAGUGCAAGGGUCGGAGGCUAUGCCAGCCAAAGCAAGCCAGGGAGAGGAAGCAAUGAAAGUUGAGCAGAAGUUGGCAGUACCUCCUGUAUCUUCGUCGAUGGAGGCGGAUUCUGGUGCAAAUUCUACAUCAGGGCAGCAAACUGAUGUCGCUUCCGAUUAUGUUGUUGUGAGUAUGGCUGAUGUUCCACCAACUGACAGCACCGAGGUGAAGCAGAGUUUGCCACGGGAACACACACCUCUGGAAACUGAACCAAAAUCCUCGUCUGAUGGUGUCCUGGUGUCAUCUACAAAACCGCCUCUUAUGAACAACCAUCAAGACACACAUUCCAAUGCUGUAGAUGCCAUGAACGGACACUCUGCGUCAAAAGAUUUAUUACUAAAUAGAAAGUACAUUCAAAAUGUUGCAAUAGACUCUAACACGCUUGACCCUGCCAAACAGUUUAGUGUUGUAUCAUAUAAUAUUCUCGCCGAGUGCCAUCGUAAGAGAGGGGAUUACAGCCAUGCUGCAGAGGAAGUAUUAGAACAGGGUUAUCGCCACAGACGGUUAAUGCUGGAGCUGAAGUAUCUGGAUGCUGACGUCAUUUGUCUCCAGGAGGUGGAUCCUGACUACUAUACGAACACACUUGAGCCAGCUCUAAAGGCCCUGGGGUAUUCUGGGGAAUACAAGAAGAGGGUAGAUGACUUCUAUCAUGAGGGCGAAGCUACGUUUUACCGCUCAUCACAAUUUUCACUUGUCGAGUGCAGCUCUGUCUCGUUUAGGGAUGCUGUGGAGAAGGAUCUUGCUGUCAGCACCUUGACAAAAGAUGAAAAGGCAGCCGUGAAGAAUUACACGAAAGAUCCCUCGAUUGUUCUUCUCACUAGGCUGAAGUGUAACACGACUGGCAAGGAAGUGACCGUUGGGAAUAUCCAUGUUGCCUAUGCUUAUUUCAAACACCCAGACUUGCAGUGUGUGCAGAUUGCAUAUGCAGUGAACCGGUUGGUUGCCAUGGCAGGUGGCCUGCAGAAUGCUCACAUCUUAUGUGGCGACUUCAACUGUGAGGCCACAUGGGCUCCAUUCCAGCUGGCCAGAGAUGGAUAUCUGGCCAAUGAAAUGAUUGAGCAGCUACAGGCAAUGGAGUGUAUUGAACUACCAGAUGGACAGAAGAAGUCAUUAGUCAACUUGUUCUGGAAGGGCUUUCAGCAUACCUCUCCAAACCUACUGAGUGCUUACUCAACAGUCCAGGCGAAAGAGCCAGCCCUCACCUCCGUAACGGCCCACAAUAGACGCUGCUUGGACUACAUCUUCUGCAGCAGUGGAGACUUCAACAUUCUGGGUGUGCUCGAGACUCCUACUGAAGCGGAACUGACGAUAAACUCGCGUCUGCCAAGUAUUGUAUUCCCAUCGGACCACGUGUCGAUGAAGGCGAGGUUAGCUUUCAAGUGAACAACGCAAUGAUGAUUUCAGGCUCGGAAGUUUUCACGUGUCAUGUUUCAGGAUGCACAUGAUAGGCCAGGUUUACAUAGAAAACAGGUGAAUUGUGGAACAUGAAGAGUGACUUAAAAAAUAACAUGAUAUUUUGACUCUGUUUUCUGUACUGGUUCAAGACCAUGACUCCGGGUCACAGAACUACUGAAAGUGACGUAGUGUUAUGUCUUGAAAGUGGGUUUUCACCUGCUCUUUGAAUGAACUUUUUGGUUGAAAAACAUUCGUCUUCAUGGUAGACAUGCAAAGUUAUGUUGUGGAAAUGUUUUGGCUGAAGAAACCCGCCAGAUAGAAGUAUCUUAGGUGGAAUGGUCUCAUUACGCAAUGUAUCUUUGUGUGCUCUAACCCACUCUGGUCUUGCUCUGAGGUGACCUCGUGCAGUGCACUUUUUUGGGUGAUAUUUUCCAGGGUCAAACUAACUUGUUGGUUAAACUGAAGACAUUGAUAUCCAAGGAUAUCUUUUUACAUGUAUUGCAUUCUAUGAUAAUGUUGUUGAAUUUCUUGGCAAAUUGGGGAAACUGUUCGAAAAGAUAUUAUGUUUAAGAUGGAAUUUAAAAUACAAAUAGCUGAAAAAGUGUUCUCUGAAGUAUGACACACAUGUACUUGUAAAAGAAAGUAUAACUUAUUGGACUAGAACUUGUUCCUAUUUUAACUGAACUUUUAAACACCAUGAUUCUUGCUGUAAAUGUUAUUAUAAACUUAUGGCAGGUAUUGUAUGUAAUUAUAUAGUAUUGUUUGGAUUGAUAACUACCGAAAUGUGUACAUACCAGCCCUCAGAGAUAGUACCCUAUAUUUGGCAGCUUGCACUCAAAAACAUGCAUUUUGUGAGAAUAGGAAUUCAAAACUUUCUGAAAUAUUUAAAUUCAUGUAACUAUGAUUACAUGUGUGUGUCAAAAAUACUAAUACGUCACUGAUAUUUCACAAUAGAGGUAAAAUAUUUUUGUACUUUAAAAGGGAGAUUGUUCUUCAUUUCUACUGCUUGUGCUUUUAAAGUCUAAUUUUAAGAAAAUUGUUUGGAUUGGAAAAGAUGCUACAGUAUUGACUUAAGGAAUUGAACCUGAGGCGGAGGACCUUGGUUGAGUUACCAAGACACUCGAGGGUGGAGCUAAAAUACAGUCCAAACCCGAGCCGACAGGCGAGGGUUUGGACGAAAUUUUAGCUCCACCCGAGAGUGUCUUGGUAACUCAACCAAGGUCCGAAGCCGAUGGUUCAAUUUCUAUUCUAAAAUACCUCAAACUUAAAAAGAUAGGCCACGAAAAUAACUUGAAUAUGUGCGAAUUUGGCAAAUUCCAUCCAUCGCCGGCCCGGCCGGAGCGCCGGUAGCGCCAUUGUUUACAUUAUGUUACGGCAACGUUGCAGAAAAUGAGACAUGUACAUUUUGUACAGCGCGCAUAGGAAGUCCGCAUCGGCUCGCUCAAGUGAUGCUAAAAUCCGCGCAAAUGGGCUAUUUGGAGCGUUUUUCUCGGCAAAUAUGUGUAGUGCUCAUUAAAAAACUUAGGGUGGUUGAUGCUUCCUUGACUGAUUUGUGUUUGAAGCAGUGUUUUGAGAGCCUCAAACUUCUGAAGUGAGCUGAAAUUCCAUUGACGUGACGUGUGCAUGGUUCCACAUUUUAGUGCAACCCGAGGGAACUUUGGUAGAGCAUCUUGGUUGCGUGUCCAAAACACUCCGCUCUCAGAACGAGGCUUAUGCAUUUUCCAUUUAAAAGUUGACUUUACGGUACCAAGGUAUUUUAGAAUACAACUUCUCGACUUCUUAUGAAUUAUUGAACUGCAUAAAGAUAUAAUCUUAGGGUUCGUCAUCUAUGAAAAUCAGUCUCAAAAACUCCACUUGACUGAGAUAGCAAUCAAUUACAAAUCCCCAUGUGACAUAAGGGAGGUGGGUCAAUGUACAUGUAUUACCUGCAUCUUGUCAUGCAUUAUCUAUAUCAUUCAAAUUUUGUUUAUAUUACCGUGUAUGUUUUCGAUUUUGUAGUCUGUAAUGCUUAGCAAAUGCAUAAGAGGUAUUUCAGUGGGGUCUUUUCAUUCUAUACAUGUAGUUAGCCGCAUAUAGUCGAGCUAUAGUGUAAUGAAUAUUCCAGAGUACAAUAUGACAAGAUGGGAGAUUAUCCUGAUCUUUUUGUAUGUUUCAAUGUGAAUUGUAUCAUCUAUUUAUCUAGUUGAAACUGGUGCCAUACAAAAAUCUUAACAGAUUGAUUUAAGUUAGAAAAGUGUGGUACAUGAACAUGUACCAAUUUGCAAAUGGGCUCAAAUAUUCAAUAGUAAAGGAAGUGGUUAAUUUGAUUGCUCUAAAAUGUGUUUGUGAGAAGAUGACCCAUGUUUUCUUUUAUAUUCUCAUUCUAUACUAGGGAAAUUUUAGCUACAAGCAUUUAUUGUGCAUUUUGAUUUUUUUACAGACGUCAGAUUCAUUGGCAUGACUGCAGAAUUAAUAAAGCAUAUUUGUAAAACAUGGAAACAGGAUAAUUUUAGCAGCUGUUACAGUUCGUGAUUUGUGAAAUUGCUUCUUUGAUUUUGGCAUAGUUUUCAUUCAGCAUUUUCAGAACUCUGUAACAGUAAUUUUGAUAAAUAUUGUUUUUCGUUGCAUUUUGCUGGUCGUGUUAAAAUGCAAAAUUAAAACGAUGUACAUGUAUGUGACAAUUUUCCUGUUUGUUAAACUUGUUUGUUGUAUGAAUGAUUUAAUAGAAUCAACAAAAUACUAGUAAAAGAAAUGGUGUAAGUCAUGUAGGUGAAGUUUGAAAUCAUUAGAAUAUUUUAAUGAAAUUGGAGGGCGUAACUAGGGGGCAUAUGGAUACGCUGUGGUGUAGUGGCUCAGGUUCUCAGCUAGAGGUCCCUGGUUUGAUCCCGGUGCGAGACUCUAGGCAAGUCUCUUUGUCUUAUUUGCCUUACUCCAGCCAGGUGUAAAAAUGGGUCCCGGUCCAAAAUGCACAGAUUGUAGCGCUGAUUGAUCAGCUCAGCUGAGGUCUACUGAAGUGAAGCUUUCAGGAUAGACUAGGGGUAAGGUGCAAAGUAAGAUGAUAGUCUAUACCUAUAUCGCAGUUGAUAUCUGACUCUAAUUCCCAACUUUAGAUGGCUAUCUUUUUAUUGCCCAUCCCGGCAAUAAAUAUCGCAGUUAACUGCAAUAAAAAUUAACUCUCAAAGCCGAGGUGGCAUUACAACCUUGUAGGUUAGUAUUCAAACGUCAUGUAUGUACAUGUAGUUGGUUCCCCACCUUGAUGAAUGUUCCAUAUGCUUCGUCACCUAUCAUAGCAACCCCCCUAUCCAUGUUGCUGCAAACAAUCUUCUUGGUUGAGUUGUGUUCUUAGUUCUGCGAGCCGGAUGAGAUGCUAGGGGGGCAAGGACAGUGGCUCUGUGUCAUUUGUUUACGAACUCCUGACAUCUGAAACUUAACUUUGGUCAAAUUCUAUAUUACAGUGGACGAUUCCCUUGGCCCAAGAAUCGAGUUUAAACACCUAGAAUCUUUGUGUAGAUACCCCCACGAAACUAGUAUUGUAAUGAAUACUUAUUGUUCUAAAUGUUGAGUUAGAUGUUUUAUUCAAAUUUGUCAACCUUCCACUCAGCCCAGAUGGCUGAAUAUUUUCGAAUCAAAAUACAAUGAAUUGUACUCCAUUCAUAAAAAAUUGAAUUUGAAUAUCAUUUUGAAAAUAUCCCAGCGUGUAAAUACGUACUUGCAAGUAUAUACUUGGUAAGGCCGACUGCUCUGAUGUUUGGGUGAGGAUUUCUGGCCCUGAUCACAUCCCUUGAAAUGUGUUCUAGGUGCGUGGACCACUUCAUUGUUGCAAUCGUUAUUUUCUGUCACUUGCAUUCUCCGAAGAGAGCAAUAACACUGCAUUUGAUUCAUGCAUCGGUGUAUUAAUUUGCUUGAUUAUUUUUCGUAUUUCAUUUUGCAACGGUACUGUAAUAUGUAGUGUAUGCUUUUAAGAUUGUGUGUAAAACAUGAAAUAAUAAAUAUCAUAUCAGUUUUAUUGUGAAAA